AUGGGUAAUCGUUUUAUUUGUAUGUCCAAAAAGGAUUCCAAAGAGGUUGGAUCAAGAAGCAAGAGAAUCGGUAGAUCACAGCGGAAGCUUGUUACUGAAGAAGAUUUGCAUCUUCAAGCAUUAUCCAUGGCACUUCAACAGCAUCAGUUGUCUCAGAGGUUCGAAGGCUCCAUGUCUAGGAGAAUUGGUUCAACUAGCUCUAGAAGACGCAAUUUACCUGAUUCUGUACAACUCAACAACACCAACAAACAGGAUCCAGAACUUCUGGUGAACAUUAAAACAAAGAAGUUUGUAUUGAUCCAUGGAGAAGGUUUUGGAGCGUGGUGUUGGUACAAGACUGUUGCGCUUUUAGAAGAAGUAGGAUUGCAGCCUGUUGCCUUAGAUCUUACAGGAUCUGGAAUUGAUCUCACAGACAGCAACAAUGUCACUACAUUGGCAGAAUAUUCAAAACCAUUAACUGUUUAUCUUGAAAACCUUCCCGAGGACGAAAAGGUUGUUCUUGUUGGUCAUAGCAUUGGUGGUGCUUGCAUUUCUUAUGCAUUGGAACAUUAUCCACACAAGAUCUCAAAAGCGAUUUUCCUCUGUGCUACAAUGGUGACCGAUGGUCAAAGACCGUUUGAUGUUUUCGCUGAUCAGCUAGGAUCUGCUGAACAGUUUAUGCAAGAAUCAAAGUUUCUGAUCCAUGGUAAUGGUAAAGAAAAGUCUCCAACAGGAUUUAUGUUUGAGAAAGAUCAGAUGAAAGGCUUGUAUUUUAAUCAAUCCCCAGCAAAGGAUGUUGCAUUAGCCAUGGUUUCGAUGAGACAAAGUCCUAUUGGUCCAAUCAUGGAGAAGCUGUGUUUAUCUCCUGACAAAUACGGUACUGCCCGCCGUUUUUACAUUCAAACAUUGGAUGACCGUGCUCUUUCACCCGAUGUCCAAGAGAAGCUUGUCGGGGAAAAUCCACCUGAAGGAGUCUUCAAAAUCAAAGGCAGUGAUCAUUGUCCAUUCUUCUCCAAGCCACAAUCUCUUCACAAGAUUUUAGUGGAAAUAGCUCAAAUUCAGUAG